CUUGAACUCGAGCCCCUGCCUCUAGACUUGUUCCAAGUCUAUAUAGCUUGAGCUCUGUACUCUUCCCUUUACCCGCGUCUUUCAUGCUGGCGCCAUGGAUCCUCUUGCAGUCACAGUCCUCAGCCUCCUGGCGGCAUGCCUCCUGAUUCUAACAGCAUAUUUGGUGAAUCUUGCUAUCCUAAGUCCUCUCAGGAACCCCCUUAGGCAGCUCCCAGGCCCGCCGAGCAAAUGGUACAUGGAAUGGAGACAUAUGGCCCUUACAAUGGACCCACGAAGGUCGCCGCACACUGGCGCGGAGUUCGUAGCGAAGUACGGCCGGAAUGUCUACAUUCGCGGUCCAGUGCCGUGGGACCAACGCCUCUUUACAUUGGAUCCAGUAACGAUGAACCACAUACUUCAGAACACCACGACCUAUGAGAAACCCUGGCCCAGUCGCCGCCUGAUCUCAGGACUCAUCGGCCAGGGCAUGCUCUCCGCAGAGGGUCAGAAGCACAAACGACAGCGGCGCAUCGCUACGCCAGCCUUCUCGAUGCAAGCGAUGCGUGCGCUUAUCCCUUUGGUGUUCAGCAAGGGCACCGAGCUCCAGAAGAAGUGGAUGUCCAUGAUUCAGGACGCGGGCACGAAACCCGGCGAAGGGCACAUCGUUAACGUCUGCAGCUGGACUAGCCGUGCGACGUUCGACGUCAUGGGCUCGGCUGGUUUCGACUACGAGUUCAAUGCGAUCCAAAAUGAGGACAACGAGUUGCUGAGAGCAUACGUCGACAUGUUUGAAGUCGCCGUCUCAAAGCAGAAGGGUGGGCUACGCACGAUUCUUGUCAUGUAUAUCCCGAUCAUAGACAAGAUCUUGCCCAACAAGACCACGCGUUUCGUGGCGAGGUGCCAGAAAGUCAUCGAGCGAGUUGCUGGCAAACUCAUCCAGGAGAAGAAGCGUAAAAUGGAUGAAGCCGCACUCAAGGGCGAAGUUUACCAUGGGAAAGAUCUUCUUAGCCUGAUGCUGAAGUCAAACUCGUCCGUAGAUUUGCCACCCGAGCAGCGCAUCUCGGACGCCGACCUGCUGCACAACAUCAACACCUUCAUGUUCGCCGGCACCGACACGACCUCGCUCGGGCUCACCUGGACGCUGUACAUCCUCGCGCUGUACCCGCACGUGCAGAACCGCCUCCGCGCCGAGCUCCUCUCUGUCGUACCCGGUACGCCUGUCGAGACGCUGAUGCCCGAGGAGGUCCAGAGCCUGUACGCGGCGAUCGCGGAGCUGCCGUUCCUUGAGAACGUCAUUCGCGAGACGAUGCGCCUCAUUCCUCCCGUACAUUCAUCGAUCCGCGAGGCGACGCGGGACGACGUCGUACCAGUGUCGACACCGCUGAAGCGGACGGGCCGAGACGGACGUGUUGUAGAGGAGAACGUGGACCAUGUCUUCGUGCCGAAAGGGACGUUCAUACAUGUGCCGAUCGAAGGGUUCAACCUUGAUAAGGGUCUCUGGGGCGAGACGGCGUGGAAGUUUGAUCCAGACAGGUGGAACGACCUCCCGGAGGCGAUCAAGACGCUCCCGGGUUUGUACCAACACACGCUUACGUUUUCUGCGGGCCCUCGCGCCUGUAUCGGGAUGCGUAUGUCUGUCAUCGAAAUCAAAUCUUUCCUCUUUACACUUGUCACCAACUUCAAAUUCGCGCCGGCUCCUGACCAGAAGAUUGGCAAGGCCAAUGUAAUUCUGACGAGGCCAUAUGUCGCGGGGAGACAGGACGAAGGCAGUGCACUCCCGUUGCUUAUCACGCCUUACGUGCCGGAGGGUGCUCUUUGAAUCUUCCCUCUUACCUUGUUGGACUUCGGAUGAUACCCACUUCGUCUUCGAUGUCGCUAUAUCUUAAGACCAUGUCUGUAUUGCGGUGUUGUACUACAGUUCAUCUGUAUUGCUUUCGUUCUAUCAUAGCCUCCACUGUGUUAAUGAGGUAUUCUUCCUUGUAGAUGUCCAAGGCCGCCUUGUACUUAUCCAUCUUAGCACCCCAUCUCCCU